AUGUCUGUAGCUUCCAUGGCCACAUCUACGUCGAGCCAGAACUUGUCACACCUAACAUCAAGUCCGGAUACCAGCUACAGUGAGAACGACAAUGACAGCAUCCUAUCUUCAUACCAAGACGAGAAGCAGCAGCAUCACGACUCUUCGCUCCAACCGCAUCAACUCCAGUCGCAAGCCUCACCUUUCAACCUGGAGGACAUGCCCCUCUGGCAGCCCAAGAAGCGAACACUGACCUUGAACUCACGAGAGCAUUUCCUCGUCGCAGCGAAACAGCACCGUCAAGUGCACCAGAACCUAGAAAUGCAAAGAAAGCGUAGUGAAUCUGUCGUGACAGAUGACUCGCACGCCACGCUUGCUGAGGAUGCCUCGACGGUAGACCCCGGGGAAAUGGAUCUCAAAACUCCAACUGUAACCGGAUUAAGGCUCUCCGACGAGCCAGAAGAGCAUCUGGUCAGCAAUCCGGCCCUUUCCUUGGAGGCAGCCGGUCCUAUGUCCGAGCUUCUGCGCACCAUCCUUGUCCGCGUUGCCGACGUCGAGCGGUCUCACCCCACUAUCAUGUCCAAGGACUACGACAAUCUCCAAACUCGCAUCACCGAGCUUGAACGCGAGAAUCAAGUCAUCCUCAAGAACCACGCUGAUCUGCUCUCCCUGAGGAACGAAGAUCUCUCCAAUCUGAUCAAAAUACGGGACUUGCUCGCCGAAGAAAAGCGAGCUCAUGCCGCCAUGAGGAAGUUGAGGGACGAAGACCUGGAGAACGUAUUGAUGUUGAGAGGAAAGCUUGCCAAAGCCACUUGGUCUGGGAGACUGCAGACGUCACCGCCCCAGGAUAGACGGUCCUUCUUGAGCGGUGGAGCCAUCACACCCAUUCCACAGCGACUCUCACGGUCCGACUCAGACGAUCUGUGGCAACAAGCACGUACGGCUGCGAUGGAGCAACGUGUUUUGGAGCUUGAGAAAGCAAACACCGAAUUACGCGCUCGAUCCAUGACAACGCCCAGCACUGGUGCUGACUCGGUUGCCACUGGCGGAACGAGAGGCGAUCUGCUGCUGAGUCGCGUUGAGACCAUGUUCGAAGAUAGCCUGAGACAUCGCGAGAAGAUGGCGACCAAAGUCCAGCAGCUGAGGUCAGAGAAGGAGGCACUGCAAAAGGAGGUAGCAACGCUCGAGGAUCGCAAUGCUGAGUUGGAGGCGCUCGUGGAGAGGCUGAAGAGGGGUAUCAACGUCGGGCACUGA